AGCUCUAUAAGUGGCACACUGUGUACCAAUACUUUAUAUGCAAAAUAAAUCAGAACUAAUUCCAACAACUAAAUUUCUUUUUGUUUUUCUGUUUGUUCAGAGGGACCAAUAAGGGCUCUAAGUUCAAAAGACUGUAAUUUUCUGUAAAGGAUUAAACGGUCCAGGCUUUACAGGACUAAUAUCAAAGAUUCGUGCUUCUCUGAUACAUUUACGGCUCAUCGGCAAAGAUCGUCAAACGGAUUUAGAGUUCUUUAAUGAGUUUGAUGAUAAUUGCGAUGGAUGAGUCAUAUUGCUAAAAAAUAAUCAAAAAUCUUUCUAUCAUAAAUUAAACAACGUGAUUUAAAAUUAGUUUAAUGUCGAUAGCAAGUCCUUGUUUUGAAGCAAAGGCAAGAACCAGAGCGUUUAGCUUUGAAUAACCAAGAAACGGAGGCGAGCUUAAAAACAUCCAAUCUUCCCCACGGAACCUGAAUGCAGCACGCGCUGGGUUGACGGAACGGGACAACAUGGCUGCCGCUUCGGGCCGCUACCACGGAGACGGCGGCCGAGCAUCGAAAAGACUGAAAACGGAGGACGGAGGGAUGACAACGGAGAGCUACGAUGAUCCGCACAAACCGCUGCCCUCCCCGGUGGUGCACAUCAGGGGGCUGGUGGAUGGAGUCAUGGAGGCGGACCUGGUGGAGGCCCUGCAGGAGUUUGGCGCUAUAAGCUAUGUGGUCAUGAUGCCCAAGAAGCGGCAGGCCCUGGUGGAGUACGAGGAUGUGAACGCUUCCUGCAACGCUGUGACGUACGCGGCAGAAAACCAGGUCUACAUAGCAGGCCACCCCGCCUUCAUCAACUACUCCACCUCACAAAAGAUCUCUCGUCCUGGAGACUCAGACGACACGCGAAGCGUCAACAAUGUCCUGCUUCUCACAAUCCUGAACCCCAUCUAUCCCAUCACUACGGAUGUUCUCUACACCAUCUGUAACAAUUGCGGUCCCGUCCAGAGGAUCGUUAUCUUCAGAAAGAACGGCGUUCAGGCCAUGGUCGAGUUCGAUUCAGUCCAGAGUGCCCAGAGGGCUAAAGCCUCUCUGAACGGAGCGGACAUCUACUCUGGCUGCUGCACUCUGAAGAUUGAAUAUGCCAAG